ACCUGAUGUAUUCCAAAUAAAAAGAAGAGACUUGUUGUUCUAGAAUAUCAUUUUCGUAUAAAAAACAAGACAAAAUGAUGUCACUUCUUUUACUCUUAUUGUCUCUUCCCAUAAUCUUCAUUCUCUACUUCCAAACACAAAAAUCCAAAAAUGCCAACAAACUGAGCCCACCGGGCCCACCGAGGCUGCCGAUCAUCGGCAAUUUUCACCAAUUCGACGGCCAGGAUCCGUACAGAUACCUCCAGCGCCUCUCGAAGCAAUACGGCCCCGUCAUGUCCCUCAAGUUCGGAGCCCGGAACGUCGUCGUGAUUUCGACAGUAGAAGCGGUGAAAGAGAUCACGAGAUCAACCGAUGCCAUUUUCUCAAGCCGAGUUAGUACUGUCGCCGGGAAGAGGGUGUCGUAUAACUACCAAGACAUCGGGUUUUCGUCCUACAACGACACGUGGAGGGAGUUGAGGAAGAUCGCCACCUUCCAUCUCCUUAGCCCGAGUAAAGUUCAAGAAAAUCACUUCCGUUUCAGAGAUGAACUGAGCAAGAUGAUGGAGAAGAUUGCAAGAGAUGCCUCUUCUUCCAACGCCAUCAAUUUCAGAGACAUGUCGAUGUCGCUUUUCAGUAAUAUUCUCUCCAGUGUUUUGUUUGGGAAGACUUAUGAUGGUGAUCGAGGGUAUGGAAGGGAUCGUUACAUUGACCUUCUUGACGAAACUCGGGACGUACUUGCAGGUUUUUAUUUUGGGGAUUUCUUUCCUCGGCUUCGAUGGAUGGAUAGCCUCUUUGGAUUGGCUGCAAGGCUUGAAAAGAAUUUUCAGAAAUUUGAUGCUUUUUGUCAAGAAGUGGUUGAAGAGCAUAUGAAUCCGAAUAGGCCUAAAUCUAUGGAUGGUGACCUCACGGAUAUUUUGUUAAAGAUUAAAGAAAAUGGAUCCUCUUCCUUUCCUCUUACAUUAGACCACAUCAAAGCUAUACAAAACGAUUUGUCAAAUGGAGGCAGCGACUCGUCAGCAACUGCUCUAGCGUGGACAAUGACGUUGUUGAUGAAGAAGCCUUUAUUGAUGAAGAAGUUGCAAGAGGAGAUAAGGGGGUUGGCCGGAAAGAAAGAUAUGAUCGAUAGACAAGACAUACAGAAACUUCCAUAUUUGAGGGCAGUUGUAAAAGAGGGUUUGAGAUUGUAUCCACCAGCUCCACUUUUAGUGCCAAGAGAGACUACUACUAAGUGUGUUGUGAAUGGUUGUGAAAUUGAAGGAGGAAGUUUUGUGAUUAUUAAUGCUUAUGCUAUUGGAAGAGAUCCUGCCGCGUGGGAAAACCCAGAUGAGUUCUUGCCGGAGAGGUACUUGGACCUUCAGAAUCCAGAGGUGAUCGCGUUUGGAUUCGGGCGUAGAGGGUGUCCGGGAAUUGUAAUGGCGAUAGCCGAGCUGGAACUUGCAUUGGCAAAUCUUGUAUACAAAUUUAAUUGGGAAUUGCCGGGUGGAAUGAAGGAAGAGGAUCUUGAUUUCGAGUGUGAGCCUGGACAUUUUAUGCAUAAGAAGAAUGCUUUCUGUCUUGUUCCCAGGAUUGUCAUAUAAAGCUUAGUGUUUUAGAGAGUAAUCACCUCUGCAAAUAAAGGAUUCUAACCUAAUGAAUCCACCGACACAGUUGUUUUAGAGAGUAAUCAUUUGUGUAAAUAAAGGAUUCUAAUCAAAUGAAUCCACCAUUCAAAUAUUAUACUACUUAUCUAUAUAUGAUAAUGAUAUGAAUGAGAUUAAUAUACUCAUCCCUUUUUUCCUUCUUAA